CAUCCUAAGAUCCUCUCAGAUCAACGAUGGCUUCAAACCCACCACACCCUUUACCUCUCGCUCUAAAUUCUCCUAAAAACCCUCACCUUCAACACAAAACCUUCCAACUUUACACCAAAAGUUGCUAACUUUACAAAAAAAAAUGAAGAACCUUUACUUACCUCUUCUUUUUAUUCUAUUUCAUCUCUUCUCAAUCUCUCUCAUGGCGGCUCCUGCAAAUGUCUCCGCAAAAUGUCCGGUAGACCUCAACUAUGUCCUCAGAAUCCCAUGGAAUACCACGGAUUGCCGCAACUAUGACCUUCUCCACACCACCUCCAACAUAACCAUCACAAACUACAAGAACCCAUGUUGCCAAAGUCUCUUAUCUCUCUUUGGUGUGGCUCUGGCUGAGCAUCUUAAAGAAACUUCUUUGUUUAACUUACCAGACGUCAACACCUCCAUUGCUUGUAUGCAAGAUUACCAGUCUAAGCUUUCUUCUCUUUCUUUGCCUGACAAUUUGGUUUCUCUUUGCUUUGACCCUUUACAGUUUGUGAUCACUCCUAAUGUGUGUGCUAGUAUUGUGACUAUUAAAGAUUGGGAGGGCCAUCUGGGUAAGUCAACUCAGCUCGAUUUGUCUUGUAAACGUGAUCUUACUGAUCUUAGUUUUUGUGAUGCUUGUGUUAAUGCUGGUUAUAGAGUCCAGUCUCAGUUGAUUGCCAUUGAUGGGAAUAGGACUCAUGCUAUUGAUUGCUUUUACUUUACUGUUGUUUAUGCUGCUGGUAUGGUUAAUGAAUUUGGCCCUGAAAGUGAUGGAGCUUUGUCAUGUAUUUUUGGGUUGUCAUUAAACUCUCAAGUGGGUUCCACAAAUAGCAGGCACUCAGCUCUUGUGUUUGGCUUGACUGGAGCUGGGGUUGCAAUUUUUGUCAUGACUGGUUUGUUGGGUUUGUAUUUUUGGUGGGAUAAGAAAUUGAGGAGAAGAUUUUAUAGUACUCGUUUGGAUUCUGGUUAUAGUUUAGAGGAACAAGGGUCUAGGCUGAAAUUUAGGCCAAAUACUGGUUCAAUUUGGUUCAAGAUUCAGGAUCUUGAGAGAGCAACUGAUAACUUUUCACAGAGAAAUAUUAUAGGGAAAGGUGGGUUUGGAGUUGUUUAUAAGGGGGUUCUAAAAGAUGGGACUAUGGUGGCUGUUAAAGAGAUAAUUGAGUCGGAUUUUCAAGGUGAUGCAGAGUUUUGUAACGAGGUUGAGAUUAUUAGCAAUUUGAAGCACAGAAAUCUUGUGCCCUUAAGAGGAUGUUGUGUGAUUGAAGAGGAUAGUCCUAGUUAUGACGAGAGAGGUAAUCAAAGAUAUCUUGUUUAUAAUUACAUGCCUAAUGGAAAUCUUGAUGAUCAUUUAUUCCCUUCUUUAAAUGAUAAAGUUGGAAGCACUAAAAAGCCGUUGACUUGGCCUCAAAGGAAGAGUAUAAUAUUGGAUGUCGCAAAGGGGUUGGCUUAUUUGCACUAUGGGGUGAAGCCUGCAAUUUAUCAUAGAGACAUUAAGGCCACAAAUAUACUGUUAGAUGCUGAUAUGAAUGCAAGAGUGGCUGAUUUCGGCCUUGCAAAACAAAGCAGAGAAGGGCAGUCUCAUCUUACUACGAGAGUGGCAGGAACUCAUGGGUACUUGGCCCCUGAGUAUGCGCUUUAUGGACAAUUGACUGAGAAAAGUGAUGUUUACAGCUUUGGGGUGGUUGUUUUGGAGAUAAUGUGUGGGAGAAAAGCUCUUGAUUUGUCUUGUUCAGGAUCUCCGCGUGCAUGUUUGAUAACAGAUUGGGCUUGGUCAUUAGUGAAAGCUGGAAAAGUAGAGGAGGUUUUGGAUGUGUCUUUGUUGAGAGAGGGGGAUUUUGUGAAUUCGAAUCCUAAGGCAAUAAUGGAAAGAUUUCUGUUGGUUGGAAUUUUGUGUGCUCAUGUCAUGGUGGUUUUGAGGCCUACCAUUGCAGACGCUCUAAAAAUGUUGGAAGGUGACAUAGAGGUUCCACCACUCCCUGAUCGGCCAAUGCCUCUCGGACAUCCUUCAUUCUGUGGUGAUGGUAAUGCUUUCAGUAUCUCACCAGCACUUAGUGGGCCACAGUUGCGUCCUGGGGAUAUGCUCAGAAAUAGAUUGUUUGAGGGUCUUGUACAAAGAAACUGCGAUCUCGUACCUCGUUCAAAGAGGCCUGAGAAUGAGUCAGCCUGUGUAUGGUAGGGUUUAAGUUUGUGUUAGGAAGCUGUAAUCUUAUGUUGGUCUGACUGUAACCAAAUUGAGGGUGGUUAGAAGACUCGUUAAUCCGGGUGAAGUACACAGGAAAGACGUAUUACUCUGAGUUUGAUUUUUGACAUGAUGGGGGGAAUGAUAAGUGAGCGGAAAUGCGAAAAUGACCACACUAAUGGAAGGGUUCUUAUCCUUUCUUCUAUCUUGUCAGCAAACCAAUGGACUACAUAGGAUAUCUUUGCAAUAAAGAUUUUCGGAAAUCAAAUUGCUAUCCUGUUAUGCAUUCAACUGUAAAUAUCUUUAGAUUGUCUUUUUCUCCUGAGCAAGGUUGGCGUAGCUGCUUAAGUUGUUUUCUGUUUUGGGAUUUGACCUUCAUAUCCAUUUAUCAUUGUGUUGAACUUGCAACACUGAUGGAUACACACUAACAGGUGCACUGGAGCGAGUUAUGGAUUCCAGUGGGCUUUCACUACUUUAAAGGUUUGAAGUUUUUUGUUCAUAAUAUUUUCUGGCAUAUUUAGAGCAAAUAUUGUUUGUAUAGAAUUUAAAUCAUAGAAAAGUUUGUUGUUACAGAAAUGCCAGUUUGGGUUUCUAUAUUUUAAAUGAGUUAAAGGUUUUAUAUUUUAGUUCUUGUUGCUUUUUACUCUUUUCUUAGUAUCUUGCCAUUGCUUUGAUAUUUGAACAAUUCUAA